CUUCAAAAUCUUCCCAUUUGAACACUCUUCAACUUUGUAGACUAACAACUCUUGUUCCAUAUAUAUUCUUCUCUUUACAGAAAGUCAUUAAUUUUACCCAAAUUAAUCACCUCUCAAACAUGAACCUUCUUGAGCAUAUUGUUUAUGAUUUUUUAUUGGGUAUUAUUUCAAUCUUCAUCGUCAUUCUAGGUAUUGUUCUCUUUUUCAUUUGCAGAAAAAAACCUGUAGAGUCCGAAGAAUCACUUCCCAUCAGGCUUUCUGCCUCCGCUUAUCCAUUAACAGAUAUCGAUGCCGCCACUGAUGGCUUCAACAAUCGAAGAAUCAUCGGCCACGGUCGCCUUGGAACCGUUUAUUCAGCUGUGUUAUCGACAGGAGACCUAGUUGCCGUGAAGAGAACACAUCCACGGCUUGUUCUAAGCAAUGCCGGAUUUGGUUUCUCGUCGAUUAUCAAAACAAUCUCUCAAGCACGGCACCCUAAUAUAGUCCCGAUUUUAGGGUUUUCACAGGCACCCGGAGAGAGAAUUAUAGUAACGGAGUUUGUUGGUUUGGUGAGUUUAGAAUUUUACUUGCAUGAAAAUAACGAUGGAGCUUCUCUUUUGGAUUGGAGCCGACGUUUGAGGAUUGCAGCAGGAGCAGCAAGAGGGCUUGAGUAUUUGCACGAAGGGAUGGCACCAAAUGUAAUACAUGGUUGCGUAAAGUCUUCAAAUAUAUUAUUAGAUUCUAAAUUUUGUUCAAGGAUUUCUGAUUAUGGGCUCUCUUUUAUGGCUCCCCAAGAGAAGAGAGGCCUUGUCGGGUAUGUAGACAAUGAGUAUUGGGGCGAGAGAGGGGGAGGAGCCGCCAAAGAGAGCGAUGUUUAUGGAUUUGGUGUGGUUUUGUUAGAGCUUUUGAGUGGGAGAAGAAGUGAAGAAGGGUUGCUGGUUAAAUGGGCAUUGCCUUUGAUUAAGGUAAUGAGAUUAAGUGAACUUUUGGACCCUCGACUUGUAUUUCCUUCUGAUGUUAAACCUCUCGUUAGAUUGGCUAAAGUUGCUUUAGCUUGUGUUGGUAAUUCUAGGAAGAGCAGGCCUUCAAUCGUUCAAGUGGCAGCUAUUUUGAACAGUUUGGACAAUAAUCAGGCCAGUCUUUGAUUCAUUAAUUAUGUAUUACCAAUUUUGAACCGAAGAAACCGGAGAUAUAGAAGUGUAUGUACAUCAUUUUUGACUAGGAAAAUUUUCUUUAUGGAUGGUGCUGAAUUGUAUGCAGAGGAGGAAUAUAGAGGGCCAUAGGUAGGACGGUGGUUGUCAAUUGGUCGGUGAAUUUGAUCUUUGUUUCCGUGUAGAAGUGGGGAUCUUUUUGGUAUUGAAAAGGAGCCCCCACAUUGCUUGAUUAAUUAUUUAUUAUUUUUUUUUUCUAGCUUGUCAUUGCUUAAUCAUUUUGU